UAGCAUGACAUUGAUUUUUCUUCUGCACAAUAGGCACACUGGCUAUGAAUUAAAUUAAGUAUUAAGUAAUUGGUUGAGCCUUGUAUCUAGAACUAUUGAUGAUAAUAAGACAGCCAAAACUUCCAUCUAAAGAUUCCAAUUACCAACAACUUAGCCAAGGAGUAAUCUAUACAAUAAGUAAAUGAUAUUUCAAUCUACUUCUUUAUUGCUUCACUAUGAUAAAAUUCAUUCAAUGUUCUCAGUUGAAUUGAGUUUAUUUUGAUCCACAAUUUGCUCGCUUGCUUGUGUAUUUAUUCACUUUUUUGUCCUUGAUUGUUAAUAUAUAAUUUUUAAGUGUUACUAGUAUUUCUGAAGUACAAAAUUCAGUAGACGUACAGUCCGACUGGCACCAAGGACAGGGCAUAUAACAUUACACCCCUGUGCCGACGAGUGGUUCGGUCCAACUCGCCAUGACGUAAUGCCUGCGCAUAGUUGACAGAUUUAUCCAGUGAACUGCGCAGAUAUGGCGGACGAAGAAGGCUGAAUCUGCAGCAAUUCCAAUUUUCUGAAGCACAGGAGGAGCUAGACUGUGGAUGGGAUAAUGCACGUGUUUGCACACACAUGGUUUCAUGGGGCUUUUGGACUUACUCAGAAAGAUGAGCGGAAAGGAAGACGGUUCAUCGGCAAAGAGGAGUUUUUCUUCAAGAAUUCCAUCCUUCUCCAAGAGGAGACAGCAGCAGCAACAACAGCAACCUCAGGCUGGUGCAGAAGAACCUCUUUUAGGGGAUACCAGUAGAACAGGAGAUACUCCCAAGCAUCAUUCAUCAAGAGGUGCCCCUUACAAGCGAAAUUUUGGGUUUGGCUUCAGGAAGAGACAGCAAAAUCAGAAGGAACAGACAAACCCUAGUGAGAUGGUCCAACAGUUGGAGGCAACCAUUGCCAAGUCUGGGGGUGCCAUGACUAAAGACAGUCUGGAGAACAGAUCAUUAGACAUAGAUAAACAACAGAAUGUACCAAGCUCUACUCAAAUUUCAAAACAAGAUGUUGUGGAAAAAACACCCAAUUCUAAUAGAACAAGGUGGGGAGUGAAGAAAUCUCAAACAGUUGUGACUGAUCGCAACAGUAAUUUUGCCUUACCUGCCACGCCCGAGGUCAGUCGCUCUAUCCGCAACAUGCCGAAGUCAAAAUCUGAGGAAAGCAUCAAAUCUACCUCGUCCCAGGAGAGGGCAAAGAGUGGAAGAAGUAGACUUCCGAAAUCACACACAAUGAAUCCCACCAGACCUCUCCAAUCGCAGUCAGCUUCCGGGUCGGGGUCUGCGAGGGUAGUUAAACCUGUGGUAAGGCCGCAAAACCUUGUACGUGCUGGUGCGGCACCUUCCACUGCCGACACACCAGGAAGUCGUGUGCGUACGCAGUCUAACGCUAGCACUGCAUCAAAUGUCAGCUCUGCAAGCCAUUGCUCUACUAGAACACCAAAGAGAUCUUCUCAGGAAACAGCACAGAAGGAGAGUGGACAGAAAGUAGAAGGGAGAAGUUCUGCAGCCAGCAAAAGUGCUGGGAAAACCGUAGGUGGACAUAGUGCUAGGGGAGGUACUGAAGCUGACUUGAAAACUACACCAGCGAAGCAUGAAGCCAAAAAGGACACACGAGAAAAGGGAACUCCAGUUAGGAGCCACUAUAGACAGGAAUCAUCAGCCAAAAGUCCGAAGAGUCCUGGAGUUGUAAGUAGCUCAAGACUCAAACCCGAGUCACCUCUCACUGCAACUGUACGCAGAGACAGUUUCGACCUCCAUAACGAGUCAGCGUCGUCAGACCUGGAGUCAGAUGACCUCAUGUUGGACAUGGAUUCAUCGCACGAUGAACAUGAGCAGAGUUUCGAUCAGUGCGACGAAAGACCGCGGCAUCACAGGCGAUGGCACAGUCCACGACGGAAUGCAAGAGCACAGACGGACGGUGACGGUAGGGAAGACAGCGACACUUUGGAAGAGCUUGAUACAAGUCAUUCACAAAAAAGCCCCAGGACUCAACCACAAAGAGUAAAGAAACAGGGAUGUUCUGAGCAAAAUCAUGUUGCUCAAGACAGAAACGCUACUCCUGAGACUCAGCGACGAAGAAAUAGAAGAAGAUAUAGAAGAAGACAAUAUGGGAGAUCUCGGGCCCAAACCACCCCCUCUGACAGCCCGCACAGAGACAGGCCCCGUUCUCAAUCCACCCCAAUGAAACCACCCAGGCAGAUGUCAGCAAGCUUUGAUGAAGAGGAAGGGGUCACGAUCGACACCUCCUCUUUCAGAUACCUCCUUCAAGACAUGACAGGCAUGAAGACGUGUCUAUUGAAACUGAAGAGAAUUCUCCAAGAGGUGGAAACAUCUUCACCAUUUGAGCACACUCCAGCUGGAAAGGUAGGAAUCAUGACUGAUCAGGGAUUUACAGACAAGAAUCACUUGUUGUCAACAAUGUUAGAUGGAGCCAUGGGAGAAGUUGAAGGAAAGGGCAUGAAAAAGGAGAAUGAAGACAUGAGAAAGGAGCUUGCUCAGUUGAGACAACAACUUGCAGAGAAAGAUCGUACCAUCUCUUUACUUCAGACACAAAUGGAAAAGUACAGUGAUGCAAGAGAUGGCCAUGUCACUAAAAGUGUCAAGUCAGUUGCAACGCAGACAGAACCUCAGUCCAAGCGUUUCCCUUGGAGUAGACCAACCCCGUUAAGCAGAUCUCAAUCCAUGCGAGAACCCAGCCCCAUUACACCAGGGAGAAAGAGGAGGUAUAGGAGGCAAAAGAACAACCAAAAGUUGGAAUCAGAUGCCCAGGGGACACAGCCGAGCCAGACUGUUCUCUCUACCCAACGAAGGUCGGAAAGAAGGUCGGCCCAGAAAGCUCAGGAUUAUUUGGACCCUAUUGAGGAGUUAUAUGACCAAAACCUUCCGGUGUCUGAUGGAGAAGAGGAAGAGAGAGGAGGCAUUCACCAUUCGUCAUCAAGUCAACAGCAUCUAAGUGAUACAGAGCAGACCCUGGACAUUCUUUCAGUUUAUCAUAAUGAUGUAAGCACCCAUAACAUAAAGAGCACAGCAGUAGCAAAGGUGGACGAUAUUGACAUAGACAAGCUGAAGCCAGAGGCUUACAAGGAAAAACAUGACUUUGCAUCCCUUACUACUGAAGAUUAUAACCAAAUCAGUGAAAGCAUUGCCCCACAGCUACCAUAUGAUAAGAAUGAUUCUUGCAUUGAGGUUGAAGAUGUAACAGUAGUUGGAAAUCAGCUUCCAUCAGGAAGCACAGAAGGGGACGGACUUGUAGCCACCAUGUCUCUCCUUGGUGCUGAAGUGACAUCUGCUGACCCAUUGACAACUCAUGAUGAGAAGAUGCAGAUUACAAAGAAAGAAGUGGUGAUGUACAAAAAUCAAGAACAGGAAACAUGCAAAACCAUAGAGAGCAGCAAAGACAGCAGUCCUGUCCCUGUCCUUGGUGCUGAAGGCAGAGACAGUGCUGCAACCGAAGAUCAUGAAGCAAAGUGCCUCCUUUCUCCAACUACAGACAGUGAAGAGAUCAAAAGGGAAGAGCAACAGAAGCAGCAGCAAAACCAUGAGUAUAUGAAUUGUACAGAUAUCAGCACAGACCAGUCACCUUCCAUCACAAGCCCUGAUGUUGCAGCCACAACAGUUGAUACUCUGGCCAGUUCUGAUCAUGAAUUGUCUUCAGUGCAAGAUUCCCAUUCUCUCAAUACAACAUUCUCCAUUGAGAAAGAUGAUCUUUCAGCCUGCCUUACAGAAUCAGAUGUUGUCAACAUCACCCUGGAAGUAGAGGAAGAGAAGGGAAAUGCACAGGAGAUGACAUAUGAGAUUACCCAAAGUGAUCUGACAAAAGAUGGCAAGAAUGAAGGCAAGAAACCACUGGCAGCAGCUUUCAGCAGCAUGCAGCCACUACCGCAAGAACAAAGGCAAGAAGAUGGUGAAUCUUCUCAGCAAAGGAGCAGUGGUGCUGACCAAGGGUUGGAGACAAUUAGAGAAAGAAGCCUGAGCUUUGCAGGAUUUGGUAGACCAGCAUCAGGUUAUCAGCAUGGCAAUUCGUCAUAUGCAGAUGUCCUGACUGCAGGCUCACCCGCACAAGGUGGUGCACAACCCCUCAGAGAGAGGUCACAAAGUUUCGCUGCGUUGAAAGGAACGCAAGGGCGCAGGGGCAUCCCCAUGUAUCAGAAGAGUAAAGAAAGGUCCACGACAGAAGGUGUUAUUGGAAGAAGUCAAAGUUACACAGGCCUCCAGGAGCAAGGGAGGAGCGGAAUUCCCUCCAUGAAGAAAAACACACCCGGGGAUGUGAAUACUGAAGGGGCUUUAGCAAAAGGAAAGAGUCAGAGCUUGGCAGCGUUGAAGUACCAAGGGAAGAAGGAAAGCAGAAUGCCUCUGCCCUCACAGGGUAGAGGUGGGCAAAGGUUUGCAGGUCAGCCGAGGGAGUCCAGCAUCCCAGAGAUGAGGGGGCGAAGUUUCACCUUCCCAAAGUCUAAGGCUACAAAGGAGAACACAGAGAAACAGAGCAGAAAGGAAGGAAAACACCCAUCAGCACAGGCAUCAGAAACCGUAAUGGACAAGGCAGGUAAAGCAGCUCCCUCUACUCCAAGUGGAGGAACUGCAGCUGGCACUGAAGAGAAUGCUCCUACGCCAAAAGGGAGGAGCAAGGGUCGUAUCCCUGUGUUUGGGAAAUGGUACAAGCGUUAGGGUUCAUGCACAAGAUGAUCGUGAUCUUUGUAGCUGAGCACAUAUUAAUCAAUUACUGUACACGGCUUAUUCCAGUUAACUAACUUUGAGAUUUAUAUUUAUCAGCACAGACCAGUCAGAAUCCAUUUAAACAAAGUAAGUGCAGAAAUCACAUAUAUCACAUGGAAACAAGGUCAGCGACAGAAUGUUAUGGCAGAAGUUAUGUAUAAUGUCAGUUUAAUCUAGAUACUAUAGAUGUUGUAUAAUGUUGCUUGUCCAGUAAAUGGACCUUUGGUGUACUUUGGGUGCUUCUGUACACAAUUAUGGUGAUCCUCAGCCCUUUGGGGAUAAGGUAACUUAAUUACACUUCUAUAGUUAACAUGUGGAAAAUUAAAUGUUAGUCACGUAGAAUAUUAAGAUGUGAGAAAAAACCUUGCAGCUCUUAAUUGCAACAUAAAACAUUAUUUAAAUGAUGAGCCAUAUAUAUUAAGUGAAUGUCGGUAAUCAUAUUAAAUGUAGCAGCAGAAUAUUAAGAUGUGAGAAAAAACCUUGCAGCUCUUAAUUGCAACAUAAAACAUUAUUAGUAGUGAUGAGCCAUAUAUAUUAAGUGAAUGUUGGUAAUCAUAUUAAAUGUAUCAGCUUGGCCCUAAGGCUGGCUUUAUAAAUUUGCUGCAUGUGCAAUACCUAUAAAGUAACAUAUGUUGUGCUUUUAAUAGCAUGUGUGCUUAUUGACGUAAAUGAUAGAGACAUUCGUAAUUGUGGUGAAAAGAACAGAUGUGCUUGGAUUAAUAUAUUGUUGAAAUAUGUUGCAAGUCAGAAAAAUUCUCAUGCAAGGUACUUGGUAAGAUUGAGCAAGAUUGUACACAUACUUGCACAAGUCCAAGGUAAGGUAAAGAACUUUUAUUUGUCAUAGUAAUUACUUAUAUAACCUACAUGUAUAAGCAAUUGCAAUUGCUAUAUGAUGACAUACCAGUAUCAUCAUAAACGGUUAGUUGGAGAGAAUCACACAUUUGCAUAUUUAAAGAACCCACCACAAUUAUUAUGUGUAUAGCUAAUAACCUAUGUGCACGGAAGUCAGGUUGACCCUAAUUAUGGGAUAUUAUUAGUGUUAUAAACUGACAUCAGGGCUAGUUAAACCAGAGGAAUUAUGUUUAUUUUUGGAUAGUGAAAGAAAAUUAUGAAGCUUUAAGGUGAAAUUUAUGAAUUAUUUCAAUGACCUUGCAGUGUGGAAAGACAGAUGCUGCAUGCUUUUAUCUGACAGUGUAGUAACAAAUAUCAGCUGUAAGGUGUUUAUUAUAGUCAUGUAUUAUAUAUAAAAUGUUGCACUGCUGAUACAAAUAAGGCUUAUUUCAAAAGUAAAGGAUGAUUUUAACAACUUUUGCUUGAGCUGCCAGACUUAGAAAGCAUUUUGUGUUAAAUAAUACAUCAAAUAUAGGCAAUUAUACCAUUAUCAGGUGUCAAUAAUAUUCAGUGACAUUUUCAAAAUCCUAAAGGUACUCAACUUGGGAUUACUGGCAAUGCUAAUAUUCUGGUUUCUGUGUGGAUUUAAUUGCAUACCAGUACUCAAGGAGUGACGCAUAUGGCCAUAAUAAUGCACAUAAUUUUAAAUCACAUCUGGCAAAAAUGAAUUUUUCGUACCAUGAACGCUAAGAGGACGUUGUAGGUAGCUUCUGAAAUCAUGAGGCAAAUGUGCUGAAAAAUGACUUGAUAAAUCAGUCAGUCAGUUCAGUCAGUUCAGUCGAAGACUCAAUAGAUAUUGAUAACAUUUGAUUUAAAAAUCUAAAAUAUUAGCUGUUUGCUGUGAAUAUCUAAUACAUUUGAGUACCUUUAAGGUAGAAAAUUUUAAAGCUUUUAUCAUUAUGUAGGGUUCCCUGUAGGUUCCUUGAAGUGACUAUAAUUGGCACAUAAAUGAAAUGAGCUUUCCAGUUCGGUUACUGAUCAUGACAGAUUGAUGUGGCUUGGCAUCAUUAAAGGGAGUUAGAUGAGGUAAGCUUGUUAGAAGUUGUCAAACUUGCACAGACUAAUGAUCAGUUUGCAUCAGAACAGACUUAAAUAGGGAAGAAGCAAAUAUUAUUGGCCUGCAUGCAACCAACGGGUUGAUUAAUUUAAAAAGCCUACUUUGUUCAAAAGGCUCUAAUGAUAGCAUCGUCAUGUUUAACAGAACCAUGUACAAAAGAAAUGUUGCUAAAUAAUGUCAAGAAAAUUCUAUUUAACUCUGCUUCUAGAUGUUGCAAGAAUUUUACUAUCAGUGUUUUAGUGUACGAUAUCAUGGAUCAUCUGUAAUGUGGAAAUACCUUCAGUAUGCCAUAUUGGUUUGAACAGAAAUAAUAUGCAAUUUUA